GCAGCAUCUACAAAUGCAAAAACAACUACAGCAUCUAUAAGUGCAACAGCAGCCCCAGCAUCUAAAACUCCAAUAACAGCUCUGCCCUCUGCCAAUGCAACUGCAGCAUCUACAAAUGCAAAAACAACUACAGCAUCUAUAAGUGCAACAGCAGCCCCAGCAUCUAAAACUCCAAUAACAGCUCUGCCCUCUGCCAAUGCAACUGCAGCAUCUACAAAUGCAAAAACAACUACAGCAUCUAUAAGUGCAACAGCAGCCCCAGCAUCUAAAACUCCAGUAACAGCUCUGCCCUCUGCCAAUGCAACUGCAGCAUCUACAAAUGCAAGAGCAACUGCAGCAUCCACAAGUGAAAUGGCAGCUAAAGUCUCUGCAAAUACAACAACUCCAGCAUCUUUGAGUUCAAUGGCAGCUCCAGUAUCUAAAAGAACAACAACUCUACCCACUGCUAAUACAACCAUUCCAUCAUUUACAAAUGCAAGAACAACUGCAGCAUCUACAAGUAAAAUUGCAACUAAAGCCUCUACAAAAUCAACAACAACAACUCCGGCAACUACAAGGGCCACUACAGUCCCAUUACCUGCAAAAACAACUAAAGCCAUCACACGUACAACAGCUGCACCAAGAACCACUGUUAUUCAGCUGUUGGUGUUCUCUUCGCCUGAAAUAUUUAUAGUUGAUUUGUUCAACCCUCAGUCCCAGGCUUUCAAGAACAGAGCCAAUAGGAUAAGAGAUCAGCUUGAACCUAUAUUCAGGAGAAUAUACAUUUUUUUCAUUCGGAUCAUCGUGAUACGGUUUAGGCCUGGGUCCAUUGUUUCUGAAGUACAAAUGGUCUUCAACAAAUCUGGUACCGUGCCCAACACCACUGAGGUGGCAACAACACUGAAACAGGCAGUGGAAAGUGGGAAUGUGACCAUGCCCAUCGAUAUCACCUCAAUCUCUGUCACCGCACUCCUAAAUGAAGCACCAACUACAGCAACUACAAAUGAAACAUCAGCUCCAGCCUCUGCAAAUGCAUCAUCUGCCCCAACUACAAAUGCAACAUCAACUCCAGCACUCCUAAAUGAAGCACCAACUACAGCAACUACAAAUGAAACAUCAGCUCCAGCCUCUGCAAAUGCAUCAUCUGCAGCAACUACAAAUGCAACAUCAGCUCCAGGCUCUGCAAAUGCAUCAACUGCAGCAACUACAAAUGAAACAUCAGCUCCAGCCUCUGCAAAUGCAUCAACUGCUGCAACUACAAAUGCGACAUCAGCUCCAACCUCUACAAAUGCAUCAACUACAGCAACUACAAAUGCAACAUCAACUCCAGCCUCUGCAAAUGCAUCAACUGCUGCAACUACAAAUGCGACAUCAGCUCCAACCUCUACAAAUGCAUCAACUGCAGCAAUGACAAAUGCAACAUCAGCUCCAGCCUCUGCAAAUGCUUCAACUGCAGCAACUACAAAUGCAACAUCAGCUCCAACCUCUACAAAUGCAUCAAAUGCAGCAACUACAAAUGCAACAUCAGCUCCAGCCUCUGCAAAUGCAUCAACUACAAGCGCAACAUCAGCUGGUCACUCAACAAUUUCAAGAGCAACUGCGGCACCUACAAGAGCUCCAGCACCGAUAAGUUCAGCCACUGCCACAAAACCUACAACAUCAGAAAGCACUGCGAUUGUGCUUUUGCAGUUCACCUCUGAUGAAACAUUUGAUCCUCAACUGUCCAACCAAACCUCCCUGGCAUUCAGGAACAGAGUCAAUCUGACAAGAAGACAGCUCGAACCUGUGUUCAGGAGGGAAUUCACCACCUUCAUUCAGGUGGUAGUGUUUAGGUUUAGGAGUGGCUCGAUUGUCACUGAAGCAGGUGUGGUCUUCAGAAAUUUGGGCUCUGUGCCCAGCAUCAAUCAGGUGGUUGCAGUCCUGAUUAAGGCGGUGCAAAACGGGGAAGUGACCAUCCCUAUCACCUCAGGCUCUGCCAUCACCACAGUCUCUACCACAGUCUCUACCACAAGUCCCUCUUCCAGUGGUGUCUCACCUGUUCCUCCCUCAGUGUUCAGCUGCUUCCUGCUGGCCUGGUGUUCCCUGCUGCUGGCUAAAGUGCUCAACUUAUCAUAAAACAGAGAUGCGUGCACAGAGAUGCAUAAUUUCUCAUGCAUUCCUGCUCUAAACGGCUACAUAUGCAUGCAUGCACACACACACAUACACACACACAUGCAUCAUCUACCUUUUGUGCAUGCUUACAGGAUUAGUCGAAUCAUUUAUUGAACUUAAUGCAUAAACUCGCAGAGGAAACUGCACUUUAUAUACACUCUCAGCUCCUGCCCCUCAGCCAAGCCUAGCAUGGUUCAAAAAGCAGUUAUAACACACAUUGAUACGUAGUAAGUAUUUUGUGGCAAGCGGAGGUACAUGUAUUCAUUUACCUUCGUUUCAGCAGGUAGACGUUUUACCUGAGAAGUCAAUUCUCGUUUGCAGUGCUGGCCCAGGCAAUCUACAUGGGCAGGGAAUGCUAGGACGUGUGUAUCCUCACACCUGGGUCGAAGGUGUCACACCUACCUGAUAAAAAAAUGUGCAUGAGCAAAUGUAUUUAUUUAAUAUUUUAUGUUCCUUAUUCUGUGCUCUGAAUCAUUUUUUCUGUAUCUUUGUAUUGGCAGUUCAUACUUAAUUUGUCCUCUGAGGUAAAAUAAAGAGAAAGCAUAUAAAACA